ACGAGGAAGUGGAUUGACAACACGUUAGCUGAAAGCGCCUAGCAAAACGUUAGCUUACGUCGUUUUUGAAGAAUACUGGCGACGUUUUGUGCGUAAAACUGACUCAAGCGUUAAACAACAACACUGUGCAAAACCUCCGCUUACAUUUAAGUACAAUUAUCUACGCAGUGGAUGGUGGAGCGAGCCGGGGACGCGAGCAACGCUGCAGCCGGGAAGGAAGACAUGUCCGCCGGCUUCCCCACUCCCGUGUCCUCCCAUGCGGGACGGGGACACUUCCGGGACGUGUACGAGCCCGCGGAGGACUCCUUCCUCCUGAUGGACGCGCUGGAGAAGGACGCCCGGCGGCUGCAGACGAUCAGCCCGGAUGUGUGUGUGGAGGUCGGCAGCGGCUCCGGAGCGGUGUCCGCCUUCCUGGCCUCGGUGGUCGGACCCUCAGCGUUACACAUUUGCACUGAUGUGAAUCCUGCAGCUGCGCAGUGCACAGAGAAGACAGCCUCCUGCAACAGUGUGUCACUCCAACCUGUCAUCACAGACCUGGUGGAGUGUCUUCUCCCCCGGCUGCGUGGCCAAGUGGACGUCCUCCUCUUCAACCCUCCCUACGUGGUGACGCCAUCAGAGGAGGUGGGGAGCAGAGGUAUCGAGGCCGCCUGGGCAGGUGGGACGCGAGGACGGGAAGUCACGGACAGAUUCCUCCCCCUGGUGACGGAGCUGCUGUCCACCACAGGGUUGUUUUACCUCAUCACCAUCGCCGAGAACGAUCCAGAGGACAUCAUCCGCUUCCUGGGGAAACGUGGCCUGGAGGGAGAGUCCUGCUUGUCCACGAGAGCUGGAAACGAGAGGCUGUCAGUGCUUCGCUUCCACAGGAGACAAACGUGAGACGAGGAAUUCUGAGCUGUCAAAGAAGAGACUGGACGGAUUAAGACUCUUGGAUUUUACGGGGACAAUCGUUUAGAUUCAGACCGAGUGGGAGGAGCUUCUGCUGUAAACAUGCUGACAUGACAACUGUAUGCAACACUGUAACAGACAUUUUAAUAAUGACGGACAAGAAUUCACUACAAGCAGUACAAGCUAAUUCCAGUGCAGGCAUUAUUACAAUCGUAACAUUUCUUAAAAGAUAAUAUUGGAAUGUCAUUUUCAUUUUCAAGUACGAUGCUUCUUUACACUAGAAGUUGAAAUGCUACUUUCAUCCUAACUGGACCCGAUGAUGCAAAGGACAGUUUGAAGUGGAGGGAAACAUUUUCUAUUCCUUUCCCACUUGUUUUGUACAAUAAAGUUUUAGUGUUACACA